AUAUACGCUGUGUGUCAAAUGAGUGAUCUCAGAAAAUUCUCUCAAUUCCUGGGGCCUUUUGGGAGCUUCUGGACUACGUUUCCCAAGACGCCCCGCGCCACGCCCCACUUGAAGCCUCCAGAAGGGCGUCCCGUGAGACUCCGAGCGCAGAACUCCGCCUCCGCCGCUGGGGGCGGGGCGACGUCGGACUCCGGGAGCGUCGGAUUACGCACUUCCUCCCGGGGUCGGGGCCGAAUCGCCGUGUGGCGAGUUCGAGUCCCGCCUCCUGACUCUCACCGCAAGUCCUUGUGUCUGGGGCGGGGCGCAUUCGCCGGGAAACCUCUCCGCUGCGAGGGGCGGUGACACGCGUUGGGCUCCACCAUGGAGGACUACCUGCAGGGUUGUCGAGCUGCUCUGCAGGAGUCCCAACCACUGCAUGUUGUUCUGGGAAAUGAAGCCUGUGACUUGGACUCCAUGGUGUCUGCUCUCGUCUUGGCUUUUUACCUGGCAAAGACAACUGAAGCUGAGGAUGUCUUUGUGCCAGUUUUAAAUAUAAAACGUUCUGAGCUACCUCUACGGGGUGACAAUGUCUUCCUCCUUCAGAAGAUGCACAUUCCAGAGUCCCUCUUGAUUUUCCGGGAUGAGAUUGACCUCCACGCGUUGCACCAGGCUGGCCAGCUCACCCUGAUCCUUGUUGACCAUCAUGUCUUACCCAGAAGUGACGCAGCCCUAGAGGAGGCAGUGGUAGAGGUGCUAGACCAUCGGCCAAUCGAGCAGAAACGCUGCCCCCCCUGCCAUGUUUCAGUUGAGCUGGUGGGGUCCUGCACUACCCUGGUGACCGAGAGAAUCCUGCAGGGGGCACCAGAGAUUUUGGACAGGCAAACUGCAGCCCUUUUGCAUGGAACAAUCAUCCUGGACUGUGUCAACAUGGACCUUAAAAUUGGAAAAGCAACCCUGAAGGACAAGAAAUAUGUGGAGAAACUGGAGGCCCUCUUCCCAGAUCUGCCCAAGAGAGAUGACAUCUUUGAUUCUCUGCGAAGGGCAAAGUUUGAUGUGUCAGGACUGACCACCGAGCAGAUGCUGAGAAAGGACCAGAAGACCAUCUUCAGACAAGGCAUCAAGGUGGCCAUUAGUGCAAUAUAUAUGGAUUUGGAGGCCUUCCUGCAGAGGUCUGGCCUCAUUGCAGACCUCCAUGCUUUCUGCCAGGCCCACAGCUAUGAUGCCUUGGUUGCCAUGAUCAUCUUCUUCAACACUCACAAUGAGCCAGUGCGGCAAUUGGCUAUUUUCUGUCCCCAUGCAGCACUCCGAAUGACAAUCUGUGGAGUCCUGGAACAAUCCCAGUCUCCGUCUCUGAAGCUGACUGCCGCCCCAACCACCCACCCUAACCUCCAAGCCUAUCUCCAAGGCAACACCCAGGUCUGUCGAAAGAAAUUUCUGCCUCUGCUCCAGGAAGCCCUGUCAGCAUAUUUUGACUCCAUGACAAUCCCUUCAGGGCAGCCUGAGACAGUGGAUGUGUCCAGGGAGCAGGUAGACAAGGAAUCGGACAGGGCAGUGACCUCCUCCCUGAUUCCUGGACUGAGCCAAGAUGAGGAGGAGCCUCCGCUGCCCCCCACGCCCAUGAACAGCUUGGUGGAUGAGUGCCCUCUGGAUCAGGGGCUGCCUAAACUCUCGGCCGAGGCCAUCUUUGAGAAGUGCAGCCAAAUCUCACUGUCACAAUCUACCACUGCCUUCCUGUCCAAGAAGUGACUAUUGGGAGAGGAGGGGACAGUGAGAGAAGUUGCUUGAACCACCUCGAAUGCAUGUUUUGAGAGGCUUCGGCUCUUCUGUCCCCAGUGCUCCAGGACCUGGUGCACUUGGACUGUUCCCGUGAGUCUGGAAGGAGGAAGAAGUAAGAGAAGGCAGCUGCUCUAGGAAUGGCUGUCCGCCUUUCCCCCCGAUCUCUGCCAAUCCAAUUCUGUUAUUUAAUUCUUUAGAUCUGCACUGACUCCCCAGGGGUACAAUGCAACUCCUAUGCUGUUCCAGCAGAAUAGCACAAAAAGAAUGUACCCCCAAAGUGCCCUCAGCAAGGCCCUUUAACAGAACCAGUAUCUCUCAUGGAACCAAACAGGCAUUGUCUCCAUGUGCUCAUUUGUUCUCUCAUUGAUUCGGAUAUCUGUUGAAUGCCUACUCUAAGCUAGAUAGAAAAUAGAGUGCACUUUGGAAACUCCUAUUUCAGUUUUCAGCCUUUAGCAGAUUUCCAGCUUCAUGACUCCUCUUUCUUCCCCCAGUUAGGUAAAAGGUGUCUGAUGCUGAAAUGGCUAAUUUUUUUUCCUAAGCUUAUGGUGACUUUUUAAAGAUUGUUUGGGAGCAGAUAGAGGCCAUUAUCUUCUGCCCUAAUCAGGUAACCUGGCCCUCAGUUUCUUUGGAUCCCUUGUCCCAAAGCCACAGGGAGCCUGAAGAACCCCAAAUCCCCGAGUGUUCAAGAGACACUCAGGAAGGCCUUACGACCUCAUGGGCACUCUGCCCAAAAGACAGCAGAACUGCAAUGAGAACCUCAGCUCUGUCCCUGCAUUAGUGGGUCCGUCAAUUUCUUGUCCAUGUCAUUCUCUUCUGGCUCAUAUUAAAAGGAAACAUGGAGUUCUAAUAUGGACUGCCACGGACUGUGUCUUUUGGCGAGACACUUCAUCUUUAAGUCUCAUUUUCCCCACCUGUAAAGCUAAGGAUCUAGACUAGAAGUUCUGUUUUCCCUGGGAGUGCUCAGGGUCACUGGAUUGUCUGUAUUUACACGUGAUUGUAUGAAGGGACUCAGCCUCAUGUAGCAUGUACAGGGGUAUAAUUCAUACCAUAGUGACCCAGAAAAGAGCUCCCUCCCGCUGACUUGUUCUGCAUGUAUAGUCUCCCUUGUUUCUUCAGACCAACCUGUUCCCCCUUUUCCUAACCCACAGCUCUAGUCCAUGUAAGUUGCCAAGUUUCACUGAAUAGUGGGGUAUGUGAUGGUUUUGGCAUGACGUCUUCAGUGUGAGGGGGACAGUGUGACUUCACUUUGAGGGGUGAUGUGUGUAGCCGUUGGAAGACAAAAAUAGUGGUGUGAUUACUGAACCAAAGGAAUUUAUGUUUUGUAACUCGGGUACUUUAUUUUGCAUUUUGUUAAAGUAUUAAAUAAUGUUUUCCUGG